GAUAGGGGUCUUUUCGCAAAAGCCAAGUCAGAUACUGGGCAAGAGGGGCGUGGCCGGUCGACCCAAACUCAAACUCGCGCUUUGUCGGAAGGCGGGCGGUCUUACUCCGGGAGGCACUGGGGAAGUGAGGAAAUGGCACCUCGCAAGGGGAAGGAAAAGAAGGAAGAACAGGUCAUCAGCCUCGGACCUCAGGUGGCUGAAGGAGAAAAUGUAUUUGGUGUCUGCCACAUCUUUGCAUCCUUCAAUGACACUUUCGUGCAUGUCACUGAUCUCUCUGGCAAGGAAACCAUCUGCCGAGUGACCGGUGGGAUGAAGGUGAAGGCUGACCGAGAUGAAUCCUCGCCAUAUGCUGCCAUGUUGGCAGCCCAGGAUGUGGCCCAGAGGUGCAAGGAACUGGGCAUCACUGCCCUCCACAUCAAACUCCGGGCCACAGGAGGAAAUCGGACUAAGACUCCCGGACCUGGGGCACAGUCAGCCCUCAGAGCCCUUGCCCGCUCGGGAAUGAAAAUUGGGCGAAUUGAGGAUGUCACCCCCAUCCCCUCCGAUAGCACCCGUAGGAAGGGGGGUCGCCGUGGUCGCCGUCUGUGAACAGGACUCCUCAAAUUAUUUUCUGUUAAAAUAAAUUGCCUUCUUAUAAACCA